AUCCGCGUUCUUUGUUAAGUUUUUUUUGUUUGUAAUUUAAUUAUUGAUAUAAUUGUUAAACAAGCAUGGAAAAACGUAAAUUUAAUGGCAACGGCACGGCAAAUGGUAAUGGUAAACGGCCAAGGCACUACGAUGACGAUGAUGAAGCGCCUGGUGGAUUUGAAGCAGAGCUUGCCGCGUUUGAGCCGAAUGAUGAGCUGGAUCAGUCACAGAUGUUGGGUGAGGGACCCGAGAAUCAACAGACCAGCGAGCGUUGGUCACGCAGACCGGCACCUGCUCUAAAUCCAACAGAGGAUAGAUUGAUAUUUCAGCAAAUCGAUGUAGAAAACUAUCUGGGACAGCCACUACCCGGCAUGCCAGGUGCACAAUUGGGUCCUGUGCCUGUGGUACGCAUGUUUGGUGUCACCAUGGAAGGCAAUUCAGUGUGCUGUCAUGUGCAUGGCUAUUGUCCCUAUUUCUACAUAGCCGCGCCUCAUAAUUUUGAACAGAGUCAUUGCGCUGAACUACAUGAGGCGUUGGACAAAAAGGUGAUUGCCGAUAUUCGCAACAAUAAGGAUAAUGUACAGGAAGCUGUCCUGGCAGUGGAGCUGGUGCAACGCCUAAAUAUACAUGGCUAUCAAGGAGAUGCCAAACAGUCUUAUAUAAAGAUAACAGUGACGCUGCCGCGUUUCGUUGCCGCCGCAUCACGCCUUUUGAAGAAAGAAGUCAUAAUGGGCGCAUUUGAUUUCCAGGAUUGUCGUGCCUUUGAGAAUAAUAUAGAUUUUGACAUACGGUUCAUGGUUGAUACCAGUGUGGUGGGCUGCAAUUGGAUUGAGCUUCCGCCCGGAGUUUGGCGACUGCGUGGACGCAACUCCAAGCCGUCUCCCGAAUCGCGUUGCCAGUUGGAAGUAGAUGUGGCCUAUGAUCAGUUCAUAUCACAUGAGCCUGAAGGAGAGUGGUCCAAGGUAGCUCCGUUGCGUAUACUCAGUUUUGAUAUUGAGUGCGCCGGAAGACGCGGAAUAUUUCCGGAAGCUAAAAUGGAUCCAAUAAUACAAAUUGCGAAUAUGGUUAUACGCCAAGGCGAAACGGAGCCUUUUAUUAGAAAUGUGUUUACUUUGCAACAAUGUGCACCCAUUAUAGGAAGCCAGGUGCUGUGUUUCGAUAAAGAGACACAGCUGCUAGACAAGUGGGCGGCAUUUGUACGCGAGGUAGAUCCUGAUAUACUCACCGGCUACAACAUCAAUAACUUUGAUAUACCCUAUUUGCUCAAUCGUGCUGCUCAUUUGAAAGUGAAGAACUUUGAGUACCUGGGUCGCAUAAAAAACAUACGCUCCGUUAUUAAGGAGCAGGUGUUGCAAUCGAAACAAAUGGGUAGACGGGAGAAUCAGUAUGUCAACUUUGAAGGACGUGUGCCUUUUGAUCUGCUCUUUGUGCUGCUACGAGAUUAUAAGCUGCGCUCUUAUACGCUCAAUGCGGUCAGUUAUCACUUUCUGCAGGAGCAAAAGGAGGAUGUGCAUCACAGCAUCAUUACCGAUCUGCAAAAUGGUGAUGAGCAGACGCGUCGCCGCCUAGCCAUGUACUGUCUAAAAGAUGCUUACUUGCCUCUGCGUCUGCUAGGAAAGCUCAUGGCCAUUGUAAACUAUAUGGAAAUGUCUCGUGUCACAGGCGUACCACUAGAGUCGCUGCUUACUCGUGGCCAGCAGAUCAAGGUACUGAGUCAGCUGCUGCGCAAAGCCAAAACCAAAGGCUUCAUCAUGCCAUCCUAUACCUCAAGUGGCUCUGAUGAGCAAUAUGAAGGUGCGACUGUCAUUGAGCCUAAGCGUGGUUACUAUGCAGAUCCCAUAAGCACGCUGGAUUUCGCUUCGCUGUAUCCGAGUAUCAUGAUGGCGCAUAAUCUGUGCUACACAACGCUGUUGCUGCCUGGCAUGAAGGACAAGUUGGGCUUGACAGAUGACCAAGUGGAGCGCACACCUGCUAACAACAGCUUUGUUAAAGUUGACCAGCGACGCGGAUUGUUGCCCGAGAUCCUGGAAUCGCUGCUGGCAGCUCGUAAGCGUGCGAAGAAUGAUUUGAAAGUGGAGAAGGAUCCGUUCAAGCGUCAAGUAUUGGACGGCAGACAGCUGGCCUUAAAGAUCUCCGCGAAUUCAGUGUAUGGCUUUACGGGUGCCCAGGUGGGCAAGUUGCCCUGCUUAGAGAUCUCUGGCAGCGUCACGGCCUAUGGACGUACCAUGAUUGAGAUGACUAAGAAUGAAGUGGAAACUCAUUACACACGCGCUAAUGGCUAUGAGAAUGAUGCCGUAGUCAUAUAUGGUGAUACUGAUUCGGUGAUGGUUAAUUUUGGCGUCAAGACCCUUGAACGCAGCAUGGAGCUGGGCAGAGAAGCGGCAGAGUUGGUCAGUGCCAAGUUUGUGCGUCCCAUUAAGCUAGAAUUCGAGAAAGUGUACUAUCCGUAUCUUCUAAUCAACAAGAAGCGCUAUGCCGGCUUGUACUUCACCAAGACAGAUACCUACGACAAAAUGGACUGCAAGGGCAUUGAAACUGUGCGUCGUGACAACUCGCCAUUGGUGGCUAAUCUCAUGAAUACAUGCCUGCAAAAGCUGCUCAUUGAACGCAACCCGGAAGGUGCGGUGGACUACGCCAAGCAGGUCAUAGCUGAUUUGCUCUGCAAUCGUAUAGACAUCUCUCAAUUGGUUAUCACCAAAGAGCUUGCCAAGACAGACUACGCGGCUAAGCAGGCGCACGUGGAGCUGGCGGCUAAGAUGAAGAAACGCGAUGCUGGCACUGCGCCCAAGCUCGGCGAUCGUGUGCCUUACGUUAUAUGCGCAGCAGCCAAAAAUACCCCGGCCUAUCAAAAGGCUGAGGAUCCACUGUACGUGCUGGAGAACAGCGUUCCAAUUGAUGCAAACUAUUAUUUGGAGCAGCAGCUAUCAAAGCCAUUGUUGCGCAUCUUCGAGCCCAUACUGGGUGAUAAGGCAGAGUCUGUGCUGCUGAAGGGUGAGCAUACUCGCACGCGAACAGUGGUAACUUCUAAGGUGGGCGGACUGGCAGGUUUUAUGACUAAAAAGGCCUCUUGCCUGGGCUGCAAGUCGCUCAUGCCCAAGGGAUAUGAGCAGGCUUGUCUCUGUCCGCACUGCGAACCCAAGAUGAGUGAGCUUUAUCAAAAAGAAGUGGCCGCCAAGCGUGGCCUGGAAGAAACCUUUUCACGCCUCUGGACCGAGUGUCAGCGUUGUCAGGGCUCUCUGCAUGAGGAAGUCAUCUGCUCUAAUCGGGAUUGUCCCAUUUUCUACAUGCGUCAGAAAGUGCGCAUGGAGCUGGAUGCACAGGAUCAGCGCGUGCGUCGUUUUGGACUACCCGAUUGGUAGCAGUCCUAUAUUAUACAAACAUGAUUGUUACAUUAUAAACCUAUAAUUUAAU